UUUCACUCUUAUUACCCAGGCUGGAGUGCAAUGGUGCGAUCUUAGCUCACUGCAACCUCCACCUUCCGGGUUCAAGCGAUUCUCCUGCCUCAGCCUCCUGAGUAGCUGGGAUUACAGGUGUGCAGCACCACGCUCAGCUAAUUUUUUGUAUUUUUAGUAGAGACGGGGUUUCACCAUGUUAGGCAGGCUGGUCUCCAACUUCUGACCUCCAGUGAUCCACCCGCCUCUGCCUCCCAAAGUGCUGGGAUUACAGGCGUGAGCCACCGUGCCUGGCCCUGGCCAAAUGUUCAAUGUGCCAUUCCACCAUUGUAUAUGUUUGGCUGCUUCUGGAUGAUGAAGUAAAUGGAAAGACCAGUAAAUCACACAGAAAUUAACCUAUUGCCUUACUUGUCUCACAAUACCUUACUCACAAUAAAAUGAGUUCCUUGAUAAGAUACAGUACGGUCGUCCAUCAGUAUCUGUGGGGGAUUCGUUCCAAGGCCCCCUCCCCUAGGAUACCAAAAUCCAUGAAUGCACAAGUCCCUUAAUGUAAAAUGGUGUGGUAUUUGUAUAUAUUUUAUGCACACUCUCCUGUGUACUUUAAAUCAUCUCUAGAUUACUUAUAAUACCUAAUAUAAUGUAAAUGCUAUCCAAAUGGUUGUUAUACGGUAUUGUUUUUUAUUUGUAUUUUUUAUUGUUGUAUUGUUAUUUUUAUUGUUUUUUUCUGAAUUAUUUUGAUCCGCAGUUGGUUGAAUCGGUAGAUGUGGAGCCUGCAAAUAUGAAGGGCCAGCUGUACUGAAUGUACCAUCUUGGUGGUAUGCACACUAUUGGGUGACGCUGGCAGAGGCAUGAUAGGCAGGAAAAGCAAAUCUGAUGCAGUGUCCAUUACAGUAAAGAUCAUCUGCUGUCCUCUCAAAGUAUGGUACCAUUUCAGCUUCUUGCUGCUGCUGGCAAAUUAGGCACUUAGCCAGGUAAACCUUGGUAAGAGGAAGAGCAUAGUGUUGAGCCCAGAAUUAUGGUUGUUCACCUAAUUAUAAAAUGCUUCCUCUGAAGAAAAUAGAAGAUACCAUGGCUUGGCUGACAAAUUACCCUUAAGGAAAAGUGAGAGAUCCCAGGGAACUCCUAAAAGAUAAUUGACAGGGAAAAGUGGGGUACUUAACUGGGCUCAAUAAGCCCUGGUUUAACAUGAAAGUAUUAAGAUUCAGAGAAUUUUAAAUUACAUAUUGAUAUUUAAUCUGUGAGGUUAUUGCAUUUCUCUUUUCGGAAGAAUGGAGUUUUUCGAAAUUCCACUAUCUAAUAAAAUGAAAUGUGAUUUUAAUUUUAAAAUGCGCCAUCAGAAGUAGAAGCCUGCUGUGAACUGAAUUGUGUCCCCCUGCCCGCAACCCGAAUUCAUAUAUUGGAGUCCUAACCCCAAUGUGACUGGGUUUUUAGGAGGUAACUAAGGUUAAAUGAGGUCAUAAGGGUCCGACCCUAAGUCAAUAGGACUGUGGCCUAAUAAGUGCAAGAGAAUAAGUAUAAGAAAGAGAGAGAGAGGCCAGGCGUGGUGGCUCAUGUUUGUAAUCCCAGCACUUUGGGAGGCUGAGGCAGGUAGAUCACCUGAGGUCAGGAGUUCAAGACCAGCCUGGCCAACAUGGUGAAACCCUGUCUCUACUAAAAUACAAAAAUUAGGUGGACAUGGUGGCCCACACCUGUAAUCCCAGCCACUCGGGAAGCUGAGGCAAGAGAAUCACUUGAACCCUGGAGGUGAAGGUUGCAGUGAGCCGAGAUUGUGCCACUGCACUCCAGCCUGGGUAACAGAGGGAGACUCUGUCUCAAAAAAAAAAAAAAAAAAAAAAAAAAGAGAGAGAUCUUCCAUGUGAGAACAGAGCCAGAAGGUGGCUGUCUGCAAAGCCAGGAAAAGGGGCCUCAUCAGGAACUGAAUUGACCCCCAUCUUGAUCUUGGACUUCCCAGCCUCCAGAACUGUGAGAAAUAAACUUCUGUUGUUUAAGCCACCCAGUCUAUGGAAUUUAGUUAUGGAAGUCCAAGCUGACUAAUACAGGGCCUUUUGUAAGCAUUUACAUAAGACACAAAUACUCCCCAAAUCUAGACUCACUCUGAAAGGUCCAUCUAAUUCCUUUCCCCUAAACUCCUUGUGCCAAUCCUGUAAUCUUGUUCCUUCCACGUCUGUAACCAUACGGCCAAAUCAUUAGCCACUUUCAACAUAUUUCUCUUUCCUUGAGGCACAGUAACCCUUGGUGGAAGGCUAGAAGGUAGAAUCACUGUACAUAUUGGUAUUGUUAUGAAGGACACUUCUUCAAAGGUACCCAGUCUCCCUGCAUUCAAAGGGAUUAGUGAUUCAAUUGCUGAGUGGCCAAGAUUUUUCAGGCCUGAAUUACAGGGGAGAGAAGGAGAGGAAGACAGAGAAAGUAAAAAAAGGAGAGGAAGAGGAGGAGGAGAAAGAAGGAGAGAGGGAGGAAGGGAAAAAAAAAGAAGGAAGGGAGGGACCUCUAAACACAUAGUAAAGCCCAGGGCUGUGUAUCCAAUGAGCCGCAUAGACAAAUAUGGCAAAUUUUAGGCAAUUUGAGCAUCAAAGUAAAUAAUUAUGGUGUUGUAAUCCCAGCUUCUAGAGGUCAAGGCAGGAGAAUCACUUGAGUCCAAGAAUUUGAGACCAGCCUGGGCAACAUAGCAAGACCCCAUCUUUAUUAAAAAAAAUUUUUUUUAAUUAUCCAGGCAUGGUGGCACAUGCCUACAAUCCUAGCUACUCAGGAGGCUGAGGCUGGAGGAUUGCUUGAGCUCAGGAGCUUACGGCUGCUGUGAGCUAUGAUUGCACCACUGCACCCCAGCCUGGGUGACAGAGUGAGACUCUGUCUCAAAUAUUUUAAAAUGAUGUUAUUAUGGGCUGAAUUGUCUUCUUGGACACUUAUAUGCUGAAAUCCUAACCCCCAGAACCUACGAAUGUGACUGUACAGUAUUUGGAAAUAUAGCCUUUAAAUGGGUAAUUAAGGUAAAAUGAGGUUAUAUGGGCCCUAAUCCAAUAUGACUGGUGUUCUUAUAAGAGGGGGAGAUUAGGACACAGACAAGCACAAGGGGGAGAUCAAGUGAAGACAUGGAGAAGAUGGCCAUCUACCAGCCAAGAAGACAAGCCCUCAGAAGAAACCAGUUCUGCUGACAUCUUGAUCUUUGACUUCUAAUCUCAAGAACUAUGAGGAAAUACAUGUCUGUACUUCAAGCCAUCCAGUCUGUGGUACUUUGUUAUAGCACCCCUAGCAAACUCUCACAGAUGGUAACAUACUACAUUGGAUAGUGUGAGACUUCAUGAGUGCUCACUGAUGUAAGUGAAUAAAUGGGGGGAAGGAAAAGCACUUCCUUACUUUGUAGUAGAAUGGCAGCUAAUCAAUAUAGAAGGAAUAAUGUAAUUAGAAAAUCACAGGCACAUUGUCUCAUGCCUGUAAUCCCAGCCCUUUGGGGAGGCAAAGGGAAGAGGAUCCCCUGAGGUAAGGAGUUCAAGACCAGCCUGGGCAACAUGGCAACACUCCUGUCUCUAUAAAAAAAUUUUUUUUGGAUGGAAUCUUGCUCUGUCACCCAGGCUGGAGGGCAGGCUUGGCUCACUGCAAACUGCACCUCCCGGGUUCAAGAGAUUCUCCUGCCUCAGCCUCCCAAAGUGCUGGAAUUACAGGCAUGAGCCACCGUGCCCAGCCUCUUUCUCUCUAAAAAAAGGCCUGGCCAGGCGUGAUGGCUCAUGCCUGUAAUCCCAGCACUUUGGGAGGCUGACGCAGGCGGAUCACCUGAGGUCGGGAGUUCGAGACCAGCCUUACCAACAUGGAGAAACCCCAUCUCUACUAAAAAUACAAGAUUAGCAGGGUGUGGUGGCGCAUGCGUGUAAUCCCAGCUACUCAGGAGGCUGAGGCAGGAGAAUUGCUUGAACCCAGGAGGCAAAGGUUGUGGUGAGCUGAUAUUGUGCCAUUGCACUCCAGCCUGGGCAAGAAGAGUGAAACCAUGUCUCAAAUAAAAAAAAAAAAAGCCUGUUCUCACCGGGUGCGGUGGCUGACAUGUGUAAUCUCAGCACUUUGGGAGUCCCACGCGGGCGGAUCACCUGAGAUCAGGAGUUCAAGACCAGCCUGGCCAACAUGGUGAAAUGCCGUCUCUACUAAAAAAUACAAAAAAUAGCCAGACAUGGUGGCGCAUGCCUGUAAUCCCAGCUACUCAGGAGGCUGAAGCAGGGAGAGUUUCUUGAACCAGGGAGGUGGAGGUUGCAGUGAGCUGAGAUCUCGCCACUACACUCCAGUCUUGGUGACACAGUGAGACUCCAUCUCCGAAAAAAAAAAAAAAAAAAAAGGCCGAGCGCAGUGGCUCAUGCCUGUAAUCCCAGCUACUCAGGAGGCUGAAGCAGGGAGAGUUUCUUGAACCAGGGAGGUGGAGGUUGCAGUGAGCUGAGAUCUCGCCACUACACUCCAGUCUUGGUGACACAGUGAGACUCCAUCUCCGGAGAAAAAAAAAAAAAAAAAAAAAAAAAGGCCGAGCGCAGUGGCUCAUGCCUGUAAUCCCAGCACUUUGAGAGGCCGAAGCGGGUGGAUCACCUGAGGUCAGGAGUUCGAAACCAGCCUGACCAAUAUGGUGAAACCCCGUCUCUACUAAAAUUACAAAAAUUAGCUGGGCACGGUGGCAGGCGCCUGUAAUCCCAGCUGCUCUGGAGGCUGAGGCUGGAGAAUCGCUUGAACCCGGGAGGCAGAGGUUGCAGUGAGCCGAGAUUGCGCCACUGCACUCCAGCCUGGGCAACAGAGAGAGACUCGGUUUCAAAAAAAAAAAAGAUCUAUUCUGUUAAUAAAUGUCAAAGUCAUAACGACAAAGCAAGACUGGAGGAACUACUUCAGAUUAAAGCAAACUAAAGAGAGACACAACUAAAUGCAACCUGCAGUCCUGGAUUGGACAACUGGCAAAAAGGGAACAUGGAGGGUGGAUUAAAUCGUACUGUAUCAAAGUUAAACUUCCUUGUGGUAAUUGUAGUUAUGUAAGAAAAUAAGACUGUCAUCGCACAUCUAGUCUACCAAUCAAUAGCCCCUAGUCCCAAGGCCGCCUCGCCUCCCUGGCUAUUUAGUGAUGAGUCAGAUGAUACCUCCCAGCGCUUCGCCCUCGCCCCCUGACAUCCUCCCUAUCCCUGCUUUAGGGGCUUUUCCUCUCUUACUGUGCCAUACCCUCCACCGUCUCCCCUCCUGUCUCCUGGGCUCUACUCGUCCCUGCCCUCCUCUGCGUCCUGGCCCUCCCGCUCUCUUCCGCUUUGCGCUCCCAGCCUCCUUCCACCUCCUGCCAGCUCCCUUCCUCCUCCAGGUGCGCACCCCCUACCAUUAGCCCCGCUGCGCGCUUGCGCUCUACGUCCAAGGGAGCCGGGCUGCAGAGCUGGAGAAACUUCCGCGGCUACGGGUGCGGUUGCCUUCGGAUCCCGGUUCCGGGCCGACACCCGCGCAGGGCUGAGACAGGUGUCUGCGCUCCCCGCAAUGGGCUGCUCCAGCAGCGCCCUCAACAAGGCCGGCGACAGCAGCAGGUUCCCCAGCGUAACUUCAAAUGAGCAUUUUUCAACUGCAGAAGAAAGUGAGUCCUGCUUUGCCCAACCAAAGCCACAUGCACUGGGAAGAGAAUCUACUGUUGAUGGCAAUGUACAAAGGGAAAGCCGUCCUCCCUUACAAAAGCUCAAGGUUUCAGCAGAGCCUACAGCUAAUGGUGUUAAACCCCUCCAAGAACAGCCCCUGGCCAAGGACGUAGUCCCUGGAAGGGAUGCCACAGACCAAUCAGGGUCCACAGAAAAGACUCAGCCUGGAGAGGGACUGGAGGAAUCUGGGCCGCCUCAACCAGGUGGCAAAGAGGAUGCCCCAGCAGCAGAAGGAAAGAAGAAAGAUGCAGGAGCAGGGACAGAGGCCGAGUCUCUAAAAGGAAAUGCUGAAGCUCAGCCUUUAGGACCAGAAGCCAAGGGUCAGCCUUUGCAGGCAGCAGUAGAGAAGGACUCUCUCAGAGCAGUGGAGGUCACUGAGAAUCCACAAACUGCUGCAGAGAUGAAGCCUCUAGGAACAACUGAGAACAUUCUGACUCUGCAAACAGCUGGAGAGCUACAACCUCAGGGCACAGUGGGAAAGGAUGAGCAGGCCCCACUUCUAGAAACAAUUUCCAAAGAGAAUGAAUCUCCAGAAAUAUUGGAAGGAAGUCAGUUUGUGGAAACAGCUGAAGAGCAGCAACUUCAGGCAACACUGGGAAAAGAGGAGCAGCCCCAGCUUCUAGAAAGAAUUCCCAAAGAGAAUGUAACACCAGAAGUAUUGGACAGAAGUCAGCUUGUGGAAAAGCCUGUUAUGAAUGAUCCAUUCCAUAAAACUCCUGAAGGUCCAGGAAACAUGGAGCAGAUUCAACCUGAAGGAAUAGUUGGAAGCAUGGAGCAUCCAGCACGAAAUGUAGAGGCAGGAGCAUAUGUGGAAAUGAUCAGGAACAUCCAUACUAAUGAAGAGGACCAACGCAUUGAAGGUGAGACAGGGGAAAAGGUGGAAACAGAGAUGGAGAAUGAGAAAGUGAGUGAAGGGGCUGAAACCAAAGAAGAAGAAACAGGAGAAGUGGUGGACCUUUCAGCAGCCACAUAGAUAGAAGAGUGAACCGACACAGUGUGUUAUCAUAGAGGAGACAAAAAUGGUAGUGAAACUUGUGGUUAUGUAUCUUAUCUUUCUACAUUUACAUGUUUUCUGUAAGGAGUGUGGUUAUAGAGAGACUGUUGGAACCAUGAGAAGGAUGUUUCUGUGUUCUUGAUUAUAUUGUUCUGCAAAACUGCUAAGCCAUGAACAGUUUUCUUAGCUACUUAGAAUGGUUAUACAUUUAAAAGUAUAAAAACCAAAGCCAAUAAAAAUGAUGUGAUUAUUUAAGAGUGUGAGGGUGACUUUCUUCAUUGUGGCCAUGGGGCCAUUCAGUAUAGAAAAUGAGACCCUAAAAAGAAAGUGUAAACCUUUAGGUACAAGUGGCUAGAGAAAGGAGUUAGCAAAUUUUAGGGAACUCACAAUAAUAAAGUCACACAAUUAUAAUCAUGAUGGAAUGAGAAUGAACAACAGCAAAAAUAAUAGGAUGAACUAUACCAAAUAUUUCUGUCUUGUUAUAGAAUUCAGAGCUGAUAAGAACCUUAGGAAGUAUGUCAUCUACACACUUGCUCUCCUUUAAGCUUGUCAACUACCACAGAUCCUUAUUUAUCAUGGAAUAUUAAAUAUGUUAACAGAAUCCUUUGCAAAGGAUUGCAACUCUGGUGCUAUCACAAGGUUAGACAUUUUUCAUGAUGAAAGGCUACACAUUUUCCAUGUGCCAUUUCGAAUCAGCUGUUGAUUUUAUACUCACAUGAGGUUUUUCAAUUGGUGUUAUCCUUUUGAAUAACAUUAAAAGUAUUUUUAAUUAAUUCACUUUUAAAUGUAUUUUGGAGACAAUAAACAGCAAGGAUUAAAACCUAGAUUGUUGCUUAUGUAGAGUCUAUUCCUGGGCUCUAUUCUUUUUUUCUUUUUUUUUUUUGGACAUGGAGUCUUGCUCUGUCACCUAGGCUGGUAUGCAGUGGUGCGAUCUCGGCUCACUGCAACCUCUGCCUCCUGGGAUCAAACAAUUCUCCUGCCUUAGCCUCCCGAGUAGCUAGGAUUACAGGUGCUCACUACCAUGCCCAGAUAAUUUUCGAAUUUUUAGUACAGAUGGGAAUUCACUAUGCUGGCCAGGCAGGUCUUGAACUCCUGACCUUGUGAUCCGCCUCCCAAAAUGCUGGGAUUACAGAUGUGAGCCAUUGCACCUGGCCACUCUAUUCUUUUUUAGAUAACUGCAAUUUAAUGGUAGGCUUUAGUGAUGGAAAAAGGCUAAGAAAUCAAGAUUUUAGAAGUAUUUAUGACAUUUCUUUAGUGAUGCACCACAGAGUCAGUUUUUGAGAAUUCUUCUGAAGUUGGCAAGGGAUUUUGGCAAAUGAUUGUAUGUGAGUAAUAAAAAUAAUAGCUAACUUGCCUACCAGUGAGUGCCUUGUGUGUUUGAGUAUCAGAAUAGAAUUCUGGAAACAUUUUGUUUAUUUAUCUUGUUUGUAAAUAGGUAUUUUUCUUUUUUAAAAAAAUUCCUACUAUUUCCUAAGUAAAUAUGUAUUUUUAAGGUAACUGCUCAGAUGAAUUAAUUAGUCUCUUUAUUUUUAUUUUUUAUUUUUUGAGACAGGGUCUUGCUCUGUCGCCCAGGCUGCAGUGUAGUGGUGUGAUCAUGGCUGACUGCAAACUUGACUUCCUGGGCUCAAGCAAUCCUCCCACCUCACCUCUCCUGAGUAGCUGGGACUACAGGCAUGUGCCACCAUGCCAGGCUAAUUUUUGUAUUUUUAGUAGAGACAGGGUUUCACCAUGUUGCCCAGGCUGGUCUCGAACUCUUGAGCUCAAGCAAUUCACCUGUCUCAGUCUCCCAAAGUGCUGGGACUACAGGCGUGAGCCACCCGGCCUAACUAGACUCUUACUUUAGCUUCUACAUUAAAAUAACUACUAAGAUGGCCUAUAAUUAAUUAUAAGAAUAUAGGAUACAGGGAAAAACAUAUUCUCUUGAUUCUGAUUUUAAUAUUAAUUUAUGUUCUGACUGUAAAGUGCUGAGGAAGACAAUAAAAGGAGUUCCCUGAGGAGAUGACAUCAUCCUUUCUGCAAAGUAAAGGCACUGGAUUGUGAUUGCAUUGAAGGCAAGCACUGUGUUUUAUGUAUUUUUGAAUUCAGGCAUUUAGCUCCUUUAAUGGAAUGUGGUACGUACUUGAUAAAUAUUUGUUGAAUCAGUAAAUGAAUAACAAAUACCAAGGAGUCCCAUUUAUACUUAAUUCAUUAAAAAAUAAUACAUAUAAAAUAUAAAUUUGGCUGGGCAUGGUGGCUCACGCCUGUAAUCCCAGCACUUUGGGAGGCCAAG